AUGAUUGCUAUGCGGGAUAUUGCGAGAAACCUAGUGAACACGCGUAGACAAGAAGGUCAUCAAGGAAAGUACAAGGACAUGCUUCAGCUGAUGAUAGACGCUACUGUGGAUGAGGAGGGAGAGCAGUCUUGUCCAGUCGGUGGUAAGAAACUGACCAACGAGCAGAUUUUUGGUCAAAGUAUGGGGUUUCUUUUGGCCGGCUAUGAGACCACUGCCAACACCAUCUCCUACACGGCCUACUUGUUGGCACUCCACCCUGAAGUGCAGGAGAAGCUCCAGAGGGACAUAGACAGUUACAUGGAGGACAACCCCGAUGCUGAUGUCUAUGAAGCUACACAAGGAAUCAAAUAUCUGGAAAUGGUGAUACAAGAGUCUCUUCGCCUCUACUCUCCUGCAGCACUCACUGUACGCCUGUGUACCAAGACUGUCACCAUCAAUGACCUGAAUCCAAAAGGAGUGUCUGUGACUGUUCCUAUUGCACACCUGCACAAGGACCCACAGUAUUGGGAGGAACCUGAUAAGUUUAUCCCUGAAAGGUUCACCUCUGAGGAGAAGGCCAAGCGCCCACAGCUGUGUUACAUGCCAUUUGGACAUGCCCCUCGAGGCUGCAUUGGUACAAGGUUUGCUAUGCUUGAGGCUAAACUGGCUCUGAUUGAAGUGCUGAGGAAGUUCUCUUUUGUGAGGGCCCCCGACACAGAGGUUCCCCUGGAGACUGUGUUUGGGAUCACCAUGGCUCCCAAGAAUGGAGUCUUCGUUAAAGUUGUACCAAGAUGAUGAAUGAAAUGCUGUAGCCAGUAUGUGCAUGGAAUGACUUGCUUAUAGUUGUUACGUUAAUUAAUUUCGUGUUCCAGAAAUGCUCAUGAUAAUGAAAAAUUA